CACGCGGCUUUUCCGCAGUGAGCACCAUGGUGUCCGGUGCGGUGCUGGUGGUGUCGAUUGGUGCGCUGUUCGGUGGUGUCGCGGUGACCGAUGGACAACAGGUGUCAUGUCCUUCGCGGUGUCUGUGCUUCAAGACAACUGUUCGCUGCAUGUUUCUGUCAAUGGAUAGGGUGCCUAAUGUACCACCUGAGACUACUAUACUAGAUUUGAGGUUCAACCGCAUCAAAGAAAUUCCUCCAGAUACAUUCAAGAAUCUGUCCAAGUUACAUACACUAUUAUUGAAUAAUAACCAAUUGUCAAAACUACAAAAUGGCGUUUUCAAUGGACUCCAGGAGCUGAGAUAUCUGUAUUUAUAUAAGAAUAAAUUAAAGGAAAUAGAAGAUAGAGUGUUCCAAGAUCUCAAUAAAUUGGAACAGUUGUACCUGCAUUUCAACAAAAUCGAGAAACUAGGGUCGGGAAUAUUUUCAGAUAUGAAGAAUCUUGAAAGAUUGUUCUUGCACAACAAUAAGCUGAAACACAUAUCUCCUGGCGCUUUCAACCACCUUGAUAAUCUGAAAAGACUGCGAUUGGACAGCAACGCUCUAGUAUGCGACUGUGAGAUGAUGUGGUUGGCCAAACUGCUUCAAGAGAAACGACAAAUAACGCAAGCGGCUGCAACCUGCCAGUUUCCAACAACCAUGGAGGGAAAAUCACUGGCAGAAGUCAACGAUAACGACUUUCAUUGCACUAAACCCAGGAUAACUGAGGAGCCCAGAGAUGUGGAGAUCUCAUUUGGCGGUACAGUGUUCUUCACAUGCAGAGCUGAAGGUGACCCUCAACCGAAGAUUGUGUGGAUGAGGGAUAGCAAUGAACUGAAUCUUGCCGAUCCCCGCUACACAGUGCGAGAUGACGGCACACUCAUGAUCUCGCCGAUGUCAGAUUCCGAUCUAGGCGUGUACGAAUGCAUGGCUAAGAAUCCGGCCGGCGAAGUCAAAUCCAGGACUGCUAAGAUGAUUUACAACAAGCGAUCUGCAAAACCGCAUUUCACUUUGACACCACACGACUUUGACUCUGAUGAAGGGUCGACCAUCACAUUGGAUUGUGCUGCAGCCGGUCAACCAAAACCAGAGAUAGCUUGGACCAGGGAUGAUCUGCAACUUCAAGAAUCUCCUCGCUUCAAGAUUUCACCCGAUGGCACACUUACAAUAAUCAAUCUGGAACGAGAGGACACUGGAACCUACAAGUGUACAGCCAGCAAUUACAUUGGCAUCAUUACUGCUGUGGCUCAAGUAAGAGUCAAUGGAUCCGAAAUCGUCUUAUUUCCAAAAGUACUUCCGACGUUCGUGACAACGCCAGAAAAUCUGACAACGAAAAGUGGAAGUUUGGCAAGACUGCGUUGUGUAGCGGAAGGUUCUCCAGCGCCUGUCAUCACGUGGUUCAAGGAUGGCAACACUGUAACUCCAGCGACACGAUUCUCCAUUCUUGAAGGAGGAUCCACUCUGGAAAUCCGCGACCUGAAAGAGUCAGACUCCGGCCUGUACACCUGCCUGGCGCAGAACCAGGUGGGCUCGGCCGAGGCGAAUGCGGAUCUGCGCGUGAAGGGCUUCGGCAGUCGACCGCCGCGCAUCCUGCUCCGACCCUACCCCAUCUCGGCGCCUUUAGGCACCAGCAUUGAGCUGCCCUGCAAGGCAGACGGUGACCCCGUGCCUGUUAUCACCUGGCAAAGGGAUGGCGUCAAGCUGGUUCCGGAUAAGACUCACAAAAUUUCACCACUCGGUAGUUUGAGAUUGUACAACAUCUCUCUACAAGAUUCUGGUCUGUACAGCUGUAUCGCUACUAACACUCUGGGAGAAGUCUUCGCCGAUGGAACGCUAUCAGUCGAAGACGUAAACAAAGAAGGCGCGCCCGGCGACCGUUUUGCCACGUUGGCAUUUCGGGAGGCGAGCAGUGAAGUGGACCGUGCCGUCAACGCAACCAUUCAAUCACUGUUCUCGAGCAACUCGGGUCCCCCCACCCCCUACUCACUCAUGCGCAUCCUCAGGUUCCCGGACGCCACUAGUCGCAACCUGGCGAGGGCUGCCGAUGUCUUCGAGAGGACUCUGGUCAACAUCAAGAAGCACGUUAUCGCUGGACUCAAGGUCAACUUGACUGAAGAUUUCGAAUACAAGGACCUGCUAUCUCCGAGCGUGGUACAGACGCUGGCCAACAUGUCAGGCUGCAUGACGCAUCAGAAAUCGGUGAACUGCUCUGACAUGUGUUUCCACUCCAAGUAUCGCACCAUUGAAGGCACUUGCAACAACCUACAGCAUCCCAUGUGGGGCGCUUCGCUCACCGGCUUCCGCCGAAUACUCAAGCCUAUCUACGAGAACGGGUUUAGCACUCCUGUCGGUUGGACAAAGGGCGUGAAAUACUUUGGCUUCGAAAAACCGAGCGCUAGACUAGUGUCGACCGAGAUCAUAAGCACAGACAGCAUCACGCCUGACACCGAAAUCACGCAUAUGGUGAUGCAAUGGGGGCAAUUCUUGGACCACGAUCUAGAUCAUGCCAUACCGUCCACCAGUCUUGAGAGCUGGGAGGGAUUGGACUGCAAGAAGACAUGUGCCUACUCGGCUCCCUGUUUUCCCAUGGAAGUGCCUGACAAUGAUCCCAGGAUCCAUAAUAGGAGAUGCAUGGAUUUCAUCAGAAGCAGUGCAAUCUGUGGAUCUGGUUUGACAUCAGUAUUCUUCGACACCAUGCAGCCCCGGGAACAAAUCAACCAACUGACAGCAUACAUCGAUGGCUCACAGGUGUACGGAUUCACGGAAGAACGAUCUCGCCUGCUGAGAGAGCUGUCCAACGACAACGGUCUGUUGAUGGGCAUCACCUCAGCUGCCGGCAAGGCAAUGCUACCAGUGGCAGGCACCCAGGAAGUGGACUGCCGAAGGGAUGUGGCCGAGAGCAAUGUCGGCUGCUUCCUGGCUGGCGAUAUCCGGGUCAAUGAACAGGUGGGCCUGAUCGCAAUGCACACAAUCUGGUUGCGCGAACAUAACCGUGUGGCCACACUGUUGCGAGAAAUCAACCCUCACUGGGACGGACACACCCUCUUCUAUGAGGCUCGCAAGGUGGUAGGAGCAGUGAUGCAACACAUCACCUACAAGCACUGGCUGCCCCACGUGUUGGGUGCCAAAGGGAUGCAGAUGCUGGGAGAAUACCAGGGCUACAAUCCCAAUGUGGACCCGAGCAUCUCCAAUGUGUUCGCCACCGCUGCUCUAAGGUUUGGCCACUCGCUCAUCAACCCCGUUCUGCGCAGGCUCGAUGAGGGCAUGAACACUAUUCCUCAGGGCGACCUGCCCCUGGGCAAGGCAUUCUUUUCACCAUGGCGCAUAGUGGAGGAAGGAGGCACUGACCCUCUGAUGCGAGGUCUGUUCAUGACAGCGGCCAAACGCAAGUUGGCCCACGAGAACCUCAACAGUCAGCUGACCGAACAGCUGUUCACUGUGGCACAUGCGGUUGCUCUAGAUCUGGCUGCCAUGAACAUCCAGCGGUCACGUGACCACGCCAUCCCCGGCUACAACGACUGGCGCCGCCAUUGCAAUCUGAGUGAGGCGACAACAUUUGAUGAGCUGGCGGGAGAGAUCUCCAACAAGGCUGUCAGGGAGCAGCUAAGGAAGCUGUAUGGCCAUCCAGGUAACAUUGAUAUUUGGGUAGGAGGUAUCUUGGAAGAUCAGAUUGAUGGAGCAAGAGUUGGACCGACUUUCAGAUGUUUGCUUGUGGAGCAGUUUAGACGCAUUAGGGAUGGAGACAGAUUCUGGUACGAGAACCCGUCCACCUUCAAGCCGGAACAGCUGACUCAAAUCAAGCAGUCAUCGUUGGGUCGAGUGUUGUGUGACAACGGAGACAACAUCACUGAGAUCACCGACAAUGUCUUCCUGCUGCCCACCAGUCAACAGCGCUCUGCGCUCAAAUCUUGCAGUGAAAUCCCCUCGCCAGAAUUGCGAUUCUGGUAUGAUUGUGCUGACUGCGACAACGAAGUGGAAGACGUGCGACCGCGACGCGAUCUGUCGCUGGACAACGCGACAGAGGAGCGCCUGGAGGGACUUGAAGCCGUCGUACAGGAGCUGCAACGCAGCAUCAAAACGUUGCGACGCCGCAUCAAGCAGCUGUCACUGCAUCACUGUCAUGACAGCAACGGAGUGCAGCGACAGGACAACGAAAACUGGGUCAAGGAUAGCUGUACUAACUGUCAUUGCAAGAAAGGACAGAUCACAUGUACGACGCUGCAGUGUGCGAAGCUGCAUUGCGACAGACCCUACCAUCAACCAGGUGCCUGCUGCCCUGUUUGUCCUUGAGAAAGUUCCAAGGUCACCUAGUCCGUGUAAAAAGCACUCAUCUCUUUUAGUGGAUGCAAAUCCAGAACUCAAACUUUCUAGUUUGUAUCGUACCAACCAAUUUGUGUAGGUAAAACUGUGAUUGAGACCAUCAACCACUUGAAUUUCUUCUUAAUAAUCAUUAUUUAUUUGUCCAAGGUGUGGUUUCUAGGUCACUCAUCAAAUAUAAUUGACGAUUAAAUCUUUAUUGAAUGUAUGGGUUUGAUAGUCCAUUAGAUUUGAUAAGAGUCCUAGAAAUCGGGCACAAGUUCAGUGAAAUUUUGUAGAAAUAACUCAAUGAACUGGAAAUAUCGAUAGUGGGAGCUUUACGAUGGAAUAGGAACUCUAAAUUUAUUAUAAAUUGGUUUAUAACAAGAGAGGAAUAAUUCUACCAAAGUCCUUAUUCGUCUGUUGUUAUAAAAGUAUAAGGACCAUUUGCACGGUCAAAGCAUAAACCGAAUUCAAUCAGCUGGUGGCUUGAACUCGAAAUUAACCACAUUAUAACAAACGAGACUUGUUUGGAUUUAAUAUUGUUUAAAGUUAAAGUUAGUUCAACUGUUACUGUGAAAACGACACUAAGGGCCGUUUGCACAGUAUAGAUUGCUAAACUCGAUUAAGUUAAAUUUUAAACUCGAGUUAAUUGAGUUAAUCGAGUUUAAGUUAACCCGAAAGUUUAAACUUGAAUCUGGUUUCUCAGAGCAUUUACCAAUCCAGUUUAAGUUAAACUAGUUUAGCGUUAAGUUGGUAAUAGAAUGUCAUAGUUUAUAAUAUUAGGAAGGCUGAUUUUUACAGGAAAUUUGUUAUUUGUUUACAAGCCAUCAGUAAAUUGAGGUUAUGUAGCUACUAUUUUAGUAUUUUCUUGUUCUUGUUCAAAAUCCACAGAGUUGUAAGCUGUACGGUUCUAAAACUGAAAGCGAUCAAGAAAUUCUUUAAAAACUUAUGUUUAGUUGGCACCAGAAAAUAUAUUUUAGAAUGUAAGAUAAAAAAGUUAUUUUGUUACGCUUGAAUCUACUACGGUCUUCCUCGUUUAAUAGAA